GCGCUAUUAAGUCAUUUGGUUAUCCAGCUAUUCAGUACUACAGAGGUCUCGGGUUCGAAGCCAUCUUUUUCCUAAAUCCCCAAUUUUUUUUUUUUCCCUCGUUUCCGAAUCUUUUACCGGCGAGACUCUGCCAUGGAUUCAGGCGAACAAAAGUCUAAGCGGAGGUUCCAACCAAAUCCUCCGAGGCCUUCUCGCCGUCUUCCGAUCGCUCCAACCUCAAACACCGAAGCUGAGGAGGAUGAAGAGAAUAUAAAAGCAUCUCGCCAAUUUGACAGACGUAUCGUCGGCAGGAGACCCAAAACCGAAACGAAAGCUUCUUCUCCUGAAGUUGCAUUCCAACCAAGCUUGUCACCACUUGCAAUAAGGUCCUUUGGUGUUCCUAAAGAAGAUGACAAGCCCAAUUCUGAUGUUAAUCCGUCUUCUCCUGCUAGUAUUCUUCCUGCUGUUUCGUCUGUUACUGCUGCCCAAGAAGAUGGAGAAGAGGUUCAUAAUUUUGUUACAAGAACUGGGGAUGACUACGUUGAACCUUGGGAUUAUAGAAACUCCUACUAUCCUACUGUUCUUCCUUUGAGAAAGCCUAACUCUGGUGAUAUAGAACUUCUUGACCAGGAGGAAUUUGGGGAGGUGGCUAAAAACCGUGAUUAUGAUGAGAACACCAUCAACUCCGCAGAAGAACUCGGUCUGACAUCGGUGCAACACAGCAAAAAACAGAUGUUUAUCUUUAAGAUCCCAGACUGUCUCCCUGUAGUGAAGCAAACGACAGGAGCAACCACCAAGAGAUCGGUACGGGAGUAUAGUUCAGGGAUAAGCAACCCUUUUGAAGGUUUACCAGAGGGAUUCAUGGGCAAAAUGCUGGUUUACAAGAGCGGUGCUGUCAAGUUGAAAGUUGGAGAUGCCCUCUUUGAUGUCUCGCCAGGUCCAGGUACAAAAAUCCCUAAUGAUGUGGUAGCAAUAGACAUCAAAGGGAGGAACUGCAGUCGCAUUGGUUCUUCAGCGAAGUUUGUUACUGUUACUCCCGAUGUUGAGUCUCUUUUGAACCCUGCUUCAGACAUGGAAACACAGAAGUGAAGGUUGCUCUGGAAAUAGCCGGUCCUGUUCAUACAAGGAUGUGAAAAAGCGUAGUAUUGACCACUUAGAUUCUGUAUCUACAAACUAAUCUUCAACUAUGAUCGUAAAAAAACUCUUCUUGCCUCCUUGGUGUCUUCUUUUGUAAUAAGAGAUUCAGUAGUUGUUGGGAUAAAAGAAAAUGCUCAACAUUUUGACA